AGCUGCUUUUUCAUCCACAGCGAGUAAAUAGUGAACCUCCAGGAGAGAAACAAACUAAAGUAUCGAUCAUAUACCACUACCAACGUUUGGAUCGAUAUCUGCAUCGAUCUGCACACCCUUGUCUCCUGGAUCGUAGCUGAGAUCAGCGUGAACCACGUGGGUCUCUGCUCCCUGAUCUGUUUCCUCUGUUUGGAAAGAGUUCCAGCUUCAUCACGGAGUUUCUCUCUGUUUGUGGGCUCAUCUAAAGGACCAACGUGGAUUGCGAAGUCAGCGCUCUCAGGAGGCCUACAAUUUAUUUGAAGAAAGAAGUGGAAGAAAAAAAUACAACCAUGACGAGUUUGGGAAAGAUUUCACUGUGAAAGCUUCCCUAAAAAUGCAUCAGGUCAUCCACACCGGAGAGAGACCAUUCAGCUGUGGAGACUGUGGAAAGUUUUUUACCAGGUCUGAAAACUUAAAAACACACAAACUCAUCCACACUGGAGAGAGACCCUUCAGCUGUGACGAGUGUGGAAAGUCUUUUACGCAGUCUGGAAGUCUAAAAACACACAAACUCAUCCACAGUGGAGAGAGACCGUUCAGCUGUGGAGAGUGUGGAAAGUCUUUUACCACGUCUGGAAGCUUAAAAAAUCACAAACUCAUCCACAGUGGAAAGAGACCGUUCAGCUGUGACGAGUGUGGAAAGUCUUUUACCAAGUCUGAAAACUUAAAAACACACAAACUCGUCCACAGUGGAGAGAGACCGUUCAGCUGUGACGAGUGUGGAAAGUCUUUUAUCCACUCCGGAAACUUAAAAAGACACCAACUCAUCCACACUGGAGAGAGACCGUUCAGCUGUGACGAGUGUGGAAAGUCUUUUAUCCACUCCGGAAACUUAAUAAGUCACCAACUCAUCCACACUGGAGAGAGACCGUUCAGCUGUGGAGACUGUGGAAAGUCUUUUACCCACUCCGGAAACUUAAAAACACACCAACUCAUCCACACUGGAGAGAGAUCAUUCAGCUGUGACGAGUGUGGAAAGUCUUUUACCCACUCUGGAAGCUUAAAAACACACCAACUCAUCCACACUGGAGAGAGACCGUUCAGCUGUGGAGACUGUGGAAAGUCUUUUACCGAGUCUGGAAGCUUAAAAAGACACCAACUAAUCCACACUGGAGAGAGACCGUUCAGCUGUGGAGACUGUGGAAAGUCUUUUACCGAGUCUGGAACCUUAAAAACACACCAACUAAUCCACACUGGAAAGAGACCAUUCAGCUGUGACGAGUGUGGAAAGGCUUUUACCGAGUCUGGAAACUUAAAAAGACACCAACUCAUCCAUAGUGGAGUUAAAGCGUACACCUGUGAUCAGUGUGGCAGAGCUUUUACUCACAGUACCAGCUUACAGCGUCAUCUAGUUACCCACUCUGGAAUUAAGGCGUACAGCUGUGACAUUUGUGGAAAAACUUUCAGCCGGAUAGGGAGCCGAAAUACACACCUACGCAUUCACACCAGACAUGAUGUGUACAGCUGUGAUCAGUGUGGUAAACAGUUUACCACAAACACAGGGUUACGACAUCACAUGUUUACCCACACUGAGGAACGACCUUAUAAAUGUGACCUGUGUGAGAAGACUUUUAAAUCUCCACGUUACCUGAAAGCACACCAACAGAUCCACACCAGAAAGACUCUACAAGUGCAGUUACUGUGAGGUAUGUAUUUAUAUUUUUAUCUUG